AUGUACUAUCCAUAUUCUGGUCCAGGAAGCUAUCCUUCAUUUUCACAUGGAGUGAUUGGAGGAGCUCCAAUGAGUCAGCCGUCAUCCUCAUUUGCUGGAUUUGCUGGAGUUGAUCCACGCAGCGUGAACAACUUGCAAGCUUCACCUGCUGGAAACAAUCAUGAAGAAGUGAAUGUCCAAGAAUCAAGUGGUAGCAGUCCAGGAGAACAGGAAGAACAAGUCACCAAGAGAAGAAACUGGACAGAGCAAGAAAAUCUUCGGCUUGUUAGUGCUUGGCUGGCCACUUCUUUUGAUCCAAUCGAAGGCAACUCAAAGAAAUUAGAGCACUACUGGAAACAGGUGGCUGAAGAGUACAAAAGCAACACCCCACAAGAUAGGAAAAGAUCAUCCAAGCAAUUGAGAGACCACUGGAGCAAGGCAAACCAACUGGUGACCCUCUUCAAUGGGUGCUAUGCUACACAAAAGAGUGUAUAUGCUAGUGGUAUAAAUGACAAAGGCCUCAUGGACCAAGCAAAAGCAGUCUUCAAGAGCAAAAAUAAGCAAAAACCUUUCAACUUGGAAUAUUGGUGGGAAGCAGUGAGACAACAUCAAAAGUGGAGAUCAAUUUACAUGGAGAAGGAUUGCAGCAGCAAAAGAGCCAAGAUUUCAGAGGCAGGGACAUACACAAGUUCUAGCAAAGAAACAGAAGAGACAAUGGAACCUCAACCUGAAGGUCAAAAGCAAGCCAAAUGA